UGCGCGCGCUAAAAAGGGGAAAGUCAUUAAAAGGAACAUUUUUUUUAGUGUGAGGACAAUCCGAUUGCAGAUUCCCAUUGAAAUUCGUUAGGUUCUUCUUCGAUUGACGACGCGAUGGUUUAUAUAACAUCAUGGGACGAGUUUGUCGAGAGAACUGUGCAGUUGUUCCGUGCCGAUCCAGAAUCUACGCGGUAUUGCAUGAAGUACCGGCAUUGUGAUGGCAAAUUGGUUUUGAAGGUAACUGACAACAAAGAGUGCCUCAAGUUCAAGACUGAUCAAGCGCAGGACGCGAAGAAGAUGGAGAAGCUGAACAACAUAUUCUUCACUUUGAUGGCUCGGGGACCUGAUGUGGACAUAUCAGAAAUUUCAGGGAAAGAGCAGAUAGAAGCACAGCCAGCGAAGAAAGGAAGGGGAAGGAAACAAUAAUAGCUUGAUGUGGAAGUAGAGGUAUAAUAACAUUAAGUGGUUUUGAGAAAACGUGAUGGGGACUGGAUGAAUUUUUAGAGUA